UAGACGAGCGAAAUCAGUUUUUGGGUUGUUAAACUUUGCGACUUCGUAACUUACCCGCCGGUGGAAAAUGGAGCGGCGCCGAGUAACCGGAGAAGCGCCAACCCAAAAGAGGAUCGUGCUCGCAUCACUAUCGGCAAUGGUCGCAGAGUCAGUUACGUUUCCGAUUGAUCUCACAAAGACCAGAAUGCAGCUCCAUGGUUAUGCUCCCGGAUCCGCUUCGGCUGCUCACCGGGUCGGCGCCAUCGGAGUGGUGUCUGAGAUCAUGAGGCAGGAAGGGAUGAUGGGUUUCUACAAAGGUCUCUCUCCGGCGAUUAUAAGACACCUCUUCUACACGCCGAUCAGAAUCAUCGGCUACGAGAAUCUGAAAGGGUUCGUAGUCAGAUCCGAUGCUAUCAACGGAGAGUCUCUUCCUUUGGCCACAAAGGCUCUCCUCGGAGGGUUAUCUGGUGUAAUGGCUCAGGUAGUGGCUAGCCCAGCUGAUUUGGUGAAAGUGAGAAUGCAAGCAGAUGGUAGAUUGGUGAGCCAAGGUCUGAAACCGAGGUACUCUGGACCAAUCGAAGCUUUCACCAGGAUCCUACAAUCAGAAGGAGUGAAAGGGUUAUGGAAAGGUGUUGUUCCGAACAUUCAGAGAGCGUUUCUAGUGAAUAUGGGUGAGCUAGCUUGCUACGAUCACGCCAAACACUUUGUCAUCGAUAAAAAGAUCUCGGGCGGGGAUAACAUUUACGCGCACACUCUUGCGUCUAUCAUGUCGGGUCUUGCUUCGACGACUCUGAGUUGUCCUGCAGAUGUGGUGAAGACGAGGAUGAUGAAUCAGGGUGAGAAAGGUGUGUACAGAAGUUCGUAUGACUGUUUGGUGAAGACGGUUAGGUUUGAAGGAGUAAGAGCUUUGUGGAAAGGCUUUUUGCCGACGUGGGGGAGGCUUGGACCAUGGCAGUUUGUGUUUUGGGUCUCUUAUGAGAAGUUUAGACAGCUUGCUGGUCUCUCUUCCUUCUAGUAAAAGCUAAUUUGAGGCUUUGGGGUUCUGAAACAUCUUUGAAAAGUAACAUCUUACUCUUAGUUUCCCAUUAGGGUAAGAUUCAAUACCAGUUUGGUUUCAAGUCUAGUUUUAAAUAAAUUGGUUGAUUUCCUUGGGGUUUCAUAUCAGUUUUCAUCUUUUCCUAACUAAAUUGGUUAUGAAGUGAAAUUGUGAAAAGAUAUGUAAAAAUUCAAGUAUUUUUUCUAUUAAAAUUUGCAUAUAUAUAUAGUGUCAUGAAUGUUGGUUGGUGUAUAUCAACUAAGAUGAAAUAUCAUUAAAUUUAUG